AUGUCGUCCAGCACCGUGCCACAGAACCCAACGAGCCAUAAUGUGGCCUCGUUGCUACCCAAGCUGCACGAUGCCGACUGCGACAUCCGAUUCAUGACCCUCAACGACCUGAACAGCAUGCUCACCAACGGCAACGCCACAUUUCUCGCACACGACUACACCACAUGCGCAAAGGUGGUCGACGGCCUGCUCCACACCCUCAACGACACCCACGGAGACGUCCAGCAGCAGGCGCUCAAGUGCCUUGGGCCAUUCGUCAACAAAGCACCCGAGGCCAUCCUCUGCCCCACCAUUGAGAAAGUCAGCACCAUCAAGACUGACAGCUCCAUCGACACCACCAUCCCCGCCCUGUCCCUUCGAGCCAUCGUGGUCGCGCUUCCUCACCCAGUGCCGGGCCUACCGAGAAGUCAGAAGCUUCUGGACGCCUACAAUGCCGUGAGCAAGGCUCUCAUACCGCGUUUGGUGGGCAGAGUCGUCCUUGCACUGCCAAAGCCAGGCCCGCCACCCCCAAAGGGCAUGCUGCAGGAGGAUCUCGAGACGGGCAACGACAGCAACACGCUCGAUGUGUUGGAAGAGGUGGCCAAAUGCUUUGGGCCCAUGCUACAAGAUGCAGAGGUUGACGCUCUGCAACAGAUCACCAUGACCAUACUCGAAGGAGAGCGCUGCGGUACGGUGAUGAAGAAGAAGGCCGUGGCCGCAUUGGCAGCACUCGCUCCAUACUUCAACGACGGCUUGCUGUCGCAACAUGUUAGCUCGACGAUUGAGAAGCUACGACAACCACAUCUCACCAGCCAGCAACGUAAGCUCUACCUUACUGUUUACGGCAGCCUGGCUCGUUCAAUACCACAGCAAUUCGGUCCAUACCUCAAGACGCUUGCGCCGUUUGUGCUGUCUCCACUUAGUCAACUGGAACUUGACCAGCAGCGGCAGGCGGAGCAGGACGCCGAGGGCGAGCGAGAUGUUGCCAUGGAGGAAGUUCGUGAGGCGGCACUUGUCGCCAUCGAGAGCUUCAUGAAGUCGUGCGCUCAGGACAUGCGUGCAUAUACCAAGGACGUUGUCGAAGCUUGCCUGCGUUUCCUCAAAUACGACCCGAACGUUGCGGACGAUGACGAUGAGGAGAUGGAAGAAGAAGAGGAAGAGGACGAUGAGUUCGCUGCCGAUGAAGACUUCGAGGAAGAGACGGGUUUCGAUGAUGAAGAUGAUGUGAGCUGGAAGGUCCGCAAGAGCUCGGCAAAAGCACUACACGCUGUGGUCGCCACGCUCGACCCCAAUGACCCAGCCAUAUAUGGUCAGAUCGCUCCAGCCUUGAUUGCCCGCUUCAAGGAGAGGGAGGAGAGCGUGCGGAAUGAAGUCAUCUCAACACUGGCGUUCCUCAUCACAAAGUCUGGCUCUAGCGUCGCGUCGAAGCGCGAUGAGCACGUCCUCCAGCCACAGAGCAGGAAGAGGAGACGAGGAUUUAGUGAUUCCCUGGGCUCUGAUCUUCAUGCUCAGCAGGCUGUCAUGAACGGUUACGCAUCACCAUCUACGCCUCCCCCUGUCGACAACGCCACCAAGGGCCUCGCGAGAAUCAAUCCUGAUGUCGUCAAGGCUGUCUCGAAGCUGCUCAAGUCGAGUACAGUGCCCACCAAGCAGGGUGUGAUCUCCCUUCUCAAGGAUAUGGUCAAGGCUCAACAAGGCGGACUAUCCGAGUCUGCUGACCUUGUGAUCGAUCCUGUGGUGGAAACCAUGAGCGGAAGUGCUGGGCCGAUUUCAAACGCAUCAGGCAAUGUCCUUCGAGUUGAGGCCCUUGGUCUUCUGCGCGCUAUCGCCGAGAUGCACUCGAGCAAGGUCAUCCAGCCCCAUCUCAAGAAGAUUAUCCCCGCCCUCGUGGCUGCUGCGAAGGACCGUUUUGCUAGAGUCUCUACGGAAGCAUUCGCUACCAUUGAGGUCUACAUCAAGGCGCUGACACCACCGCGUUCUGCGGCAAGCAUGACUGGCGAUGUACUCACCAAGCUCUACCAGGUCAUCACCAAUCGUAUCUCUGCACAAGAUACCGACACAGACGUGCGGAGAAAGGCUGUGCAAGCACUCGGUCUACUCAUUGGUCGCACAUCCGGCGCAAGUGCUUCGAGUCUGCUUUCACAGGACGAUCGGUUUGCCGGUCAGCAGCUCAUUGCGGACCGACUCAAGAACGAGCUCACGCGCCUCGCCUGCGUUCGUGCUGUAGACACAAUAGCCGUCCUGGCGCAGAGCAAGAAAGACUUCAAGCCGGACUUCAUCGAGGCAGCUUCGCUCGAGCUUGGCGCGCAGCUCCGCAAGUCUGAUCGGGCUCUUCGCGGCGCUAGCUUGAGCGCACUGCGAAUGCUCGCUAUCAACUCUGCAUCGCGCGAGUGCAUUAGCGACAAAGCUGUGAGCGAGCUUGUCGAGCUACUCGUACCGCUCCUGGGAACUCAGGACCUGCAUAUGAUGGCACCCGCUCUUGUUGUUCUGGCAGCUUUCGCCAAAGACAGGCCUGCUCUGGUGGCGAUUCCCAGUGUCAUCAACGGAAUCUGCACCAUUGUACAGUCGCCACUCUCAGGUCCUGCACUCGACUCCCUCAUCACUUGUGUAGAGGCCAUCGGGCACGCCGGCGCCGGUCAAGGUCUGAUGUCAGCUCUGCUUGAUGUUGCGACUCAAGGCGAUACCGAUGUAACAGGCCAGGUCAUUGGUACUCUUCUUGUCUCUGGUGGCAGCAGCAUUGGUGUAGGCCUCGAUGCGUUCGCCGAGGAGCUUGAGCAGACGCAAGAGUCGAAGAGAUGCCUUGCACUCUCCGUGAUGGGCGAGGCAGGACUUCGACUGGGUACCACCAGCCCUCUGCCGCCCAGCAGCUUCGUGCCCUACUUCGACGACUCGUCUGAGAAGGUCAAAUUGGCGGCUGCAGUCGCACUUGGUCGUGCUGGUGCUGGUCACGUCCAGAAUUACUUGCCAUCAAUUCUGAACGCCAUGGCUCAAGGUCGCCAAUAUCUUCUACUGCACUCGGUCAAGGAACUGCUGCAGCACAAUAACGCAGAAGACGAGAUCCGUCCGUACACCAAGAAGCUGUGGGACAACGUUAUCGCCUUCGGUCAGGCGGAAGAUAACAAAGUUGUUGGAGCUGAAGUCAUUGGCCGACUUGCCAUUAUCGAUCCUGCUUCGUAUCUGCCACAGCUACAGAGCUAUUUAUCCAAUCAGAACCCUAUCAUUCGCGGCAUGGUCAUCUCAGCACUUCGCUACGUCUUCUCGGACACGGAUAGCGCGUACAACGGCAAUGUCCAGGCAUCUGCGGUCCCCAUGCUUGCCACCAUGCUCAGCGAACCACUACUAGAGAACCAGCGUCUUGCUCUGGCAACCUUCAGUGGUGCUUUGCAACACAAGCCUGAUUUGGUCCUGCCGCAUCUGUCUGAACUGCUGCCGCCAGUAAUGCAGGCGACGGUUAUUCGGCCAGAGCUCAUUCGCGAAGUGCAGAUGGGACCAUUCAAGCACAAGGUGGACGAUGGACUCGAGAUGCGAAAGGCCGCCUACGAGUCAUUGUAUGCCUUACUGGAUUCGCCUGCUUCCCGUGCUCGUCUCGACAUCUCGACCUACUACGAUCGUGUUGUGGCUGGUGUUGGCGAUGAGCAUGAGAUUAAGAUUCUUUGCUGUCUGGUGCUUGGCAAGCUCAUUAACAUUGCUCCAACAGAGUCGCAACGCCGUCUCGAUGCCUUGGCUCAGCAGUUCCGCAACGUUCUCGCGUUCAAGCCAAAGGACACUGCUGUCAAGCAGGAGCUCGAGAAACUCGCGGAACAGCAGAAGGCAGUGGUCAAGGUCUCUGUACUGUUCAACAAGAAUUUUGCCAACGAGAGCGCUGAUGGCAGUCGUGCCUGGAAGGACUAUUCGGACUGGGUCAGGAAGGAUUUCACUAAUCUAGUCAAGGCUGCAGAGGACGAGCUCCGAAGCAGCUCUUAG